CGACGCGCCUCCCGUUUGCCAUUGUACCGUUCGGCCACCUGUACCGCCGCAGCCUUGGAACACGCCCGGGCAGAUGGCGGCUCCAAACGCCCGUAUGCGACUGACUAUCGAGGUCCUGCCCCUCGCUGCCGAGAACGCCUAUGGCCCGUAUCAAGCAGCGGCGCUGGAGGCGUUCAAGGGCAGGAAGUUCGCGCUCCCGGUCCAGACCGAGCAUACACUCGACCAAGUCUGGCGGCAGAUCGAGGAGCGCUACAAGCGCAACUACUUGACGCCUCUGCAAGCGGCGAGCUUCACCAUCAAGAAACUGCAGGACGCCUACGACUGCGACCUCGACCUCAGCGACACGGUCGGCUCCAUAUUUGAAGGCGAAAGCGACGUGCAGACGCGUAUGAUCAAGGUCGUCCCUACCUUCAUCAACCGCGACUUCUCUGUGCCUGCCACCUCCAACCUCCGCCCUGUCGCCGCCCAGAAACGCGUCAGAGAGAUCAGCUCAGAGCAUUCAAGCAAGAGAAGACGGCUCGAGGAGGAAUACCGCAAUUCCUUGGACACGGACCCUGCCCGCGACCGACCCGUGCCUUCGACCGAAUCGCAACAUGGCGACGAUGAAGAGGGCACUGCAGCCGAUACUCGCGUCGCCCGGCACGAGGAAAGGGCGAGAAGGUCUGAGUCCGGCGGCUCGCUCACUGUCGUUCGGAACUCGCAGACUGGGCUUCAGGAAUUUGGGACCCAGGUGAAGGAGGAGUCUCCAGAGCUCGGCGAUCCGCCUCAACGCACCGUUCCCGAGAGCCUCGAGCAGCACUUCAAGAAGCCACCUCUACCAGCGCCCCAAGUGCGUGCUCCUAGCUCGCCCCCAUUCAUGCGCCCUCAAACGAAGCCAGGACAUACAUACGGACGUUCUACACGCACUGCAAGCGACGUUCAGAGAGAAGUGGAUCUGCUCAAUGAUUCGCGGGGUCGUCCGACGAGCGCACAGGGCAGCGAGUGCGGACGAAGCAAGACUCAGGGUACGCUGGGUAGCAACGCUCGUUCUUUCCAGCUGCCUAGGCCUGACGAGAUCGAAUCUACACCCCAGGAGCAGGCUGCAUCCGUACUGCCGCUCCCCUCUGUCCCGAAGAGAACACCUAUUCCGCUCCCAAAAAAUGUGAGCACCCCAAGCGCCGUCCAGAGAGAAGUCCAUCUGCUCAAUGAUUCGGGGGCUCAGCCGACAAGCGCACAAGGUAGGUUGUCAGCUGAAACGCAGCCGAAGAGAACACCAAUUCCGCUCCCAGAAAAUGUAAGGCAUCGUUUGUGGAACGGCACAUCGCUGUCAAAUGGAGCAACAAGGACCGCCAACAUCACUGCAUCUCCUCCCCCUACGAAACGCCGCGGUCGACCGCCGAAGAACGCUGCUGCUAUACCAGGCUCCAACGCUGAAAAUGGAACUCCGAAACGCCGCGGUCGACCACCAAAGAACGCUGCUGCUACACCAGGCCCCAACGCUGAAAACGGAACUCAAAAACGCCGCGGUCGACCACCGAAGGACGCUCCUGCUAUCCCAGGUUCCAACGCUAAAGGUGGAGCCCCGAAACGCCGCGGUCGACCACCGAAGAACACCGCCAGCGUAGAGAAGGAGCAUGGUCGCGUUAUGAGCAAGAUAUUCCCCAGAGGCAUUGACCAGGCAAGGAAGGACAUUGACUUUGGCCGUCAGGUCUUUGAAGAUGGGCACGCUCAUCUUGAACAGUCCAUGGGAGGUCUUCAGGAAGAGCAAUACGAGCCUGAUGCGACGCCUGAAGCAGGGUCACGGAAACCUGGCUCUUGGGGGAUUGGUGCGCCGGGUCAGCAAGAUGAUGUCGUAGAGACGCCUGACGAGGAAAAAGGGCCAAAAUCACGCUCGAAGUCCCCCUCGUGUUCGGCGUCAGAAGGAAUUGCGGAGUCAGCGCCUGGAGCUGAAGACGAUGACGAAACGGCAGUUCAAGCCGGGGAUGAAGCUGAUAUCCAACUUCAAGCCGAAACACACGCCGAAGCCGAAGCUGAAGCCAAAGACGAUGAUGAGGCUGUAGUUGAAGCUGAGGAUGAGGCUGGCAUCCAACUCGAAACCGAAAACCACGCCGAGGCUGAAGAAGAUGACGAAGCUGCAGAUGAAGCCCAAGAUGGAGCUGAAGUUCAGAUUCAAGCUGAAGACUAUUACCAAGACCAAGAGGACGACGCAUCAAAGUCACAGUCCCCUAGUGCUGCCAACUCCACACGAUCCUCGCCUGCCGUCUCACGCCAACCAGCGCGUUUCCUCACCCAUUCGCCGACGCCAGAGAAGUCGAGCAGCGAGGAGGAAUCCGAGGCCUCGCGGACUCGUUCCCAGUCGCAAGCAGCAUCUUCAAAAGCAGCGAGCGACAAGGAAGUCAACGACAGCGACAACGAUACCAGCUCUAGCGAUGAAUCCGAGGCGGAGGACGAAGAUGUUGAAAUGGCAGACGUGAAAACUGCCUCCCCCACCGCAGACGCCGGACCACUGUCCUCGCCUCCAGAACUCCCUCCACAACCAACACCGAGGGUACCAGCAACCCAGUCCUCCCAACAACGCACCUCACAAUCCCAGCCACUCCCUCGCAGGACGCUCAUCGAGCCUCCAUCAGUUAAGACACCAACCGCGCCCCGGCCAGCCGCCACCACUACUACGAGAUCCUUCGCGUCCUCUCAAUCCGUCUCCCAGCUCGCGGCCGCCCGCCGCACUACACAUUCCAAGUUCCCUAGCAUCCGGCAGCAGCUCAGUUCCGCUCGCGCGACCCCGCCGUCUGCCCAAGCAUAUAAGAGGUUCGACCCUAGGACGUCGAGUUUGGGUAGGCUUACGAAGGAACCGAAUAGGAAGGCGGCACCGUUUGGUCAGAGCGAGAGCGAGAGUGAAGACGAGAGCUCCAGUUCGAGUAGCAGCGAGGAUGAGGGCAGGGCGACAAAUGGCGCCGCGUGCUCUGUCGCUUAGAAGCGUGGCUCAGGCGGUAGGAAAUUCUCGGGAUCUACUGGUUCGCCGUACAGAUUAAAUUGCUUGGAUAACUGACUAUACAUGCUAUUGUACGCACUCGCGAAUGCCUCCAGGAUGCAUCUCUUGCUUUUGAGGCGGACAUAGGUCGGUUGGGUGCCCUGGAUAGGGAUAUAGGGGUGGUCAUCAUUGCUAA